AUGCAUACAAUGACGAAAAUUAUUCGAUUAUAUCUACUUUUUUUGCUACUGUAUAUUACAAUUUGCAAUGUUUUAAGCAUUGAUUUAAAUGCACCUGGAGAUUCUGAAUCCGAUAUCGAUCUUUUGGUGCCAGUAAAAAGUUUAUUAAAUGAACGUGUUGAGCUUUACAAAGCUAAAGGUCUCGAUGGUUUUCCUGCUGUUGGAAUUAAGCGUGGUGUUGAAAUUGUUGUACCAUAUCGACAAUAUCUACCACGAAAAUUUUUCCGGAAUUUUGCAUUUACAGCAGUAAUUCGACCGGAUGAUCGUCAAGGAGGAUAUUUAUUUGCUGUUGUUAAUCCGCUUGAUACGGUUGUUGAUCUCGGUGUUUUGGUUGAAUCAGCCGCUGAUUUUGACAAUCAAACAAAUAUUACAUUACUUUACACGGAUUCAAGCAAAGAAACCGAUACCAAAGCGUUAGCAUCAUUUUUGGUACCUGAAUUUACCAAAGAUUGGGUGAAAUUUGCAUUGGAAAUUCAGGAAGAUAAUGUCGUAUUGUAUUUUCGAUGUAUACGGUUUGCAACCAGACAAGUUAAACGAAAACCAGUUCAGCUUGUAAUGGACGAUGCUCAUAAAUUAUAUAUUGCAAGCGCUGGGCCAAUUCUACGAAAAGAAUUUGAGAUGAACAAGAACGAACUAGCCGAAGUAGCUUUUUUGAAAAAAAAAAUAUAA